GCGGCGGCGCGCACGGCGGGGAGUUUCCCUUCAGGCACUGCGGUGGACGCCGCAGAGCAGGCGGGGCCAGCGGCGGCCCUGGCGCGAGAGGCCCCGCGGUGACGGUACCGGCGGCGCGCGAGCCGCGGCCUGCGGGAGGACUUUGAAGCAGCCACACGUUUGAGUGCAGGCAAACCCUUGUUGCCUCACCCUUCACCUUCUUCCUUGCUGAGGAAAUGCCCAAAGUGAAGAGGAGCAGGAAGCCUCCCCCAGAUGGCUGGGAGCUGAUCGAGCCAACCUUGGAUGAGCUGGAUCAGAAGAUGAGAGAAGCGGAGACUGAGCCUCAUGAAGGGAAGAGGAAAGUGGAAUCCCUUUGGCCUAUCUUCAGGAUUCAUCACCAGAAAACACGUUACAUCUUUGAUCUCUUCUAUAAAAGAAAAGCCAUCAGCAGAGAGCUCUACGAGUACUGCAUCAAGGAAGGAUACGCUGACAAAAACCUGAUUGCGAAGUGGAAGAAACAGGGUUAUGAGAACCUCUGCUGCCUGCGGUGUAUCCAGACACGGGACACCAACUUUGGAACCAACUGCAUCUGCAGGGUCCCCAAAAGCAAGCUGGAAGUGGGGAGAAUCAUUGAAUGCACUCACUGCGGAUGCAGAGGCUGUUCUGGGUGAAGCCUUUAGCUGUAAGACCGCUUUUUGAACUCUUAAGGAAUAUCAUCCUACAUCACGGACUAUUAAUUGCAGUUACAGCCACUUCCUGUGUGAUUGGAUAUUUCUCUAUUACAAUUGAAGCAGCAUCUGGAUCAUAUAUACGAUGGUGGUGUGUGGGAGUAGGUUUUUGUAUAGCUAUUUCUGUUAAAAUAAAGUCUGCCCUCCCCUGA